ACGGCAAAAUUAUAUCAAGAAUAUUUGAUCUACAUACAGUAAUCGUCGUUACCGUUAUUGAAAGUUUACCUAUAAAUAUCAGCCAGUGAACCCAGUGACUUGAUCGCACUCUGUCGCAAGAAACCACCCAAAUUCAAGAUCAACCAACUUCCUUCUCCGUCUGCUGGAGUCAACCAAAUUUGUUGUGCCAAGUGGGUUCCUCGCUCGAUCGGUCCUGGCUCGGAAACUCGUGAUCUCAAUAUGACUUGGUCUAGGAAUGACUAUGGAGAGUACAUCUGUGUUCCGACGUUGCAACGUUUGUUCCUUAUUUCCGACAAAGCCUACGAUUAUUGACAUCAAAUAAAUGCAAAUCCGUGCAGUCUUUGGCCUUCAUGGAAUCGAUGAGGGAUCCAUUCAUAGGUGCACCCUUUUAUAUAGUAAAGACAUCCCCGUCAUCCGGUGAACGAAAACCAAACAUCGUGGGUGGCAUCAACGACUGGAACACCCUGGUCAGUGGCUACGUAGUGGACAAUUUUGGACACAAGAAGGCUGUACUGAUCACGGAAAUUCCCAUGAUUAUCAGCUGGAUCAUAAUGGCGUGCGCCACCAACGUGAAAAUGAUCUAUCCGGGACGUAUUUUGACCGGGCUCGUUUGCGGCAUGGUUGGAGCCCCGGCCCGUGUCUACACAUCGGAAGUAAUGCAACCCCAUCUUCGAGGAAGGCUUUGUGCGCUGGCAUCAACAGGCGUCACUACACUGUGGGAGCACACUACACAUUAUGUACGAAUGCAUCUCGUUUUUGGAAAUGGGUUUCUUUUACGUUUGCUAGCCGGAGACCAAGGGCAAAACAUUACAAUAGAUCGAGGACUAUUUCUCAUGCCGCAUCAGACCGCUGAAGAAAUUUAAACAGCAGGAAGCCGAGGGCCAACAGCUCAAUAACAACUCCAAGCCUGAGCUGCUGACGGUGGAGAAGAUCAAGUUGCUUCCGUAAAGGCCUAGCUUGAUCGGUUCCAUUGAAGAAUUCAAGUAGGGGAAAUGACGGCUUUGGCAGGUUUUGUUCUA